AUGCCAAUGGCCGAUCAGGUGCAACACAGUAGCCAGACAACCAUGGGUAUUGAGAGCCUGUGGCCCUUUCUACGGAAGAAAGGGUAUGAGCUUGUUCUUCAUCAUCAGUCCUCCCACUUGUUGAACCUCCCCAACGCUUUUGAUCACAACUCGGCGAUUCGAUUCGAUAUCCUUGGCUCGUUUUAUGUCACCAUCCGCUACGCCUAUUCCCCACAUCCCAUGGAGGAUGCUCAUUGCAUUGAGCGAGAAGUACGGAAGCUUGGGAUCCAAGCAAGCCUUUUCUUUUACCUGGAUGGCGACCCUUCAGAAGAAAAGAGACUCACUCAAGUGCAUCGGAAGGACCUACGAAAGUUCUUUGUGUACGACGUUCCAAGCGCCCAUAUAACUCUAGAUCCCAGCCUGGUCCAGUUCACAGUGCUCGGUAUAGUGUUCAAAAACGACUACAGCCGUAACAUCCCCUCUCUCGGAAGUGCCACCAACUACAAAGUCAUCAAGGAACUGGAUGGAGAAGAACAGAGCUCCAAAGUCGGGGGAGAGACCGAUGCGGAUGACUAUGAUGGACAGGAGAAGGCUGAGAAAGAGCAGGAAAAGGACGUUGGUGAUCUAGAACGCAAGGACUCAGACCACCUACAGUUCCAUACUGUGCUGCUCCACAAUCUCCACAUAUACGACUCUAUCGUUACCACGAAUGCAGUUGGUAAGCACGUCCAGCAGUUUGUCGAUCGAGCAGCGGAUUUCAUGCUGCUGCAGAGGAGGAAUGAUAGAGGCGCCAUCGUGGCCAGGAAGCCAUACCCUGCUACGGAUUUACUCCGCUCUGUUGCCUCGCAGUUGCUCACAGAGGUCAAAAAACAAUACAGAAACGGCAGCAUUGAGCUAGAGAAAAAGCCAAAAACUUUAAACGCGAAGGGUCUCGUAUCAGAUGGAGUAUGUACAGAGAUCGACCAAGACAUCCCGGCAAUCGAGAAUAUCGUGCUUCUGAACCAGUCCAGCAAGAGCUAUCGCAAGACGGCCUUACUAACGAGCAUGGAGCAACCUUUCAUAUCGCUCUCUGAGCGAGAGUUCGGAUGUGCGCCCGAUCAAAUCAAGGUCCUGGAUAUAGAUCUCGGCCAAGCCUGUGUACUCGGAGCGAGCGCGUUGCUACCAAAGAACGAUCAUUCCGGCAGUACGACAACGGCGCCUAGAAGCAAGGAUGCUGAUGUCGACAUGAGCAACUCUUCCGAUGGUGACGGGCUAGAAUUCAUCAACGACAUCGAGACCAGCUUUGAGAGCUAUGUUACGGAGCUGGAGAGAGUAGAUAGACAACUGAAUGAGUUUUACAAUGGCAACAACCGUUUCAAGAAGCACAAGUAG